AAUCUCUGUCUGCCUCUUUUUCUCCUUCUCUCCUCCCUCCUGUUUUCCUAUGGUCUGUCUGCCUGAUACAGACAGUCUCUUGUUUUAAGAAAUGCAGCUGCUCUCUGUUCUCUCUCCCUGGGGAUCCCCACUGGUCACAGACAGGAGAACAGAGGGGUCCUAACGAAAGGAAGAGCCCCUUGAGCUGUUGUGCGCUCUGAGUGGGCAGGGUUUGGCUCCUCCUGGGUGGGGCUAAAAGUAGCCUUGCUCAUUCCUUGGCAAAAUUAUGGAUAACAAAGCAUACAAGGGAGAGGGCACUUGGCCACCUGCACAAUGUAAACAUACUUUGGAGUGGGACAAAAAGAAAAUAAAACCACCACCUGGCACAGUUUACACAACAACAGGAAAAAGCGGACCCCCAGUUACUGUAAUUGAGAUUUCCCCAGAGACAACAGAGGUAAACGACUAUUACCUGUGGUCCAUCUUCAACUUUGUCUACCUGAAUUUCUGCUGUCUAGGCUUCAUUGCCCUGGCCUAUUCACUCAAGGUCCGUGAUAAAAAGCUGUUGAAUGAUCUCACUGGGGCUGUAGAAGAUGCAAAGACAGCUCGAGCCUUCAACAUAACAAGUUCAGCGCUCGCAACUCUGUGCAUCAUCAUCUUACUCCUGUACCUGCGUUCUUCCCCUGCACACUAUUAGGAAAAGAGCACGGUGUGUCUCUGCCCAAAGUGAGAACUGUAGCCUUUUAUCUUACACUGAAAUGUAAUCUUGCUCAUUACAGUGUAUAGUGGAAUAUUGAUUUGGGCCUAGAGUCUCUCCCAUUCUACUUAAAAAAAAAAAGUCCACCAUUCGAUUUUCUCCGGACCUCACUGUGAUGUCAUCACGCCUUGCCGGAUUGCAGCAUUCGGAGCGUCUAAUGGCAGUUUAUAUGCAAAAACAGCAACAGCGGGCUAUAUAAAAUUCUCAGCACCGCAAGUAAGACACUGAGCUGCUAGCUGGGCCCCCCUCCUGUGCCUCAUCUUGACCAAGCCUGUGAAUUUAGAGUGUCAUCUCUCCGGGCAACAUUUACUCUAAUAAAGGACUUACAUUUUCUUUAACAACUUGUUUGUGUGCAGGACUAUUUACUAUUUGUGUAGAAAUGUGACUUUAAAAGGAACACUACCCGCAUCAGCCUUAACAACGAAUCAAAUAACAGAUACAUACAUAGAUUGUGGAAAUAGAACUCUAAUAUAUGGUGACAUUAUGUUAGCAAUAGAUGAAAUGAUACAGAUCUUUCUUCACCCUCUUAAAGCUGUAGAAUUAGUUAUAAGAGAAAGUAAUAUGAGCUUUAGGGUAAGUUAGAAGUAACAUAUAAAUGAAGGAAUGUGUCAGAACAAGCAGUCGGAGAUAUAUUAAGGGAGUUAGUUGAAGUGUAUAUGUAACUUAUAUUUAGAUCAAAUUAUUCAUCUAAUGGGGUUUAAUGCCCAUAAAGCAGAUGAGGUAUUUACAACAAACAUUAUUUUCGUCUUUCUCUUGUUCGUCUUUUUUUUUAUUUUAGUGGGACCCCUGGAGGAUUUCGUUUUAGGAUAAAUAUGCCCUAUUUCUUGUUUUCCUUUGCCCAGUUGAGACAUACUGAAUGCUUUUGAAUGGUUUUACUGAAUUUACAAUCAUUAAUUUCAAUUAAAAAUCGGUAUAAGAUCAUACGGGGCACAAGAUACGAUUUGAGACCUUGUUUCAUUCUUCAAAUAUGGAUGGUGCACAGGGCAAAGCAAAUUCAUGGAUCUGGGGUCUCUGUCUAACUACUGGGCCCUAGGCGUUUGCCUUAACUCACCUUAUGGUUAAUCCUGCUCUUAAUUAUAAUAUAAUUAUAACCAACUGAAAUGUCCUGAUUGGAGAUCCAAGUCUCUUCGUUCUAAGUUCUUUCUUUGAUGUCCUGUGUCUCUGGGUCAUCACAGACAGCUAAUACAAAAUGGAGACAUGCACAAGCUUUUCUAGAGCCACAGAGCACAUGUCCAGGAUUGUGACAUCCAACUAUUGAGAGGGACGCAACUGAAGCCACAUAGUGACACAGUCAAUGCUUGUCUUAGGGGAAGGAAUUUUAAUAUGAUGUUUACUUGUCCCCUAUAUUUAACAAAUGUUUGUUUGUGAGGUCUGAAAAAUAAAAUAAAAUGUAGAAAUCCGC